UUAUUUAUAAUUACAACAAAAGUUGAAAGGUCGUGUCCUAUCUUGCCAGUGUAAUAUUGUUAUCAGUGUUAGACAUGAUAAUUGUGAAUUGUUGGACGGUUGAGCCUUUGUUUGACGCCACGCCUCGGUGGCUACAGUGUUGACUUUCGGGUGUCGGAAAUGUAUUUGUACUUUGUGAAACCACAUUUGAAUUAUCGAGUAACAAAUUUAACUUUUACUUCUCUACUAUAACUGGGAUACACAAGAUGCGCUAAGAAGAACAGAUCAACUUUUAUCGUGUCUCUAUGUUUAUUAAAAUGGAACUUAUUCUUAUUUUGUCUUUUAUCCCUCUGGGAUUGGCUUACGACAAAGCAUCUUUCUAUGGAGCUAGCUUUAUAACAUACCCACUUCAAGAAGCAAAGGGUGUCACAGACAUUAGUUUUCGGUUUCGAACACAUCUGUCAGAUGCGUUGUUGCUCCUGGCUGCAGGAAAAACUGACUAUUGCAUGAUCAAGCUAGAGACUGGGAGAAUAAAAUUGCACAUAAACCUAGGUGCUGGUGAAAGUGAACUGUCUUCACCUAAAGGAAUAUUCCUCAAUGACACUCAAUGGCACCAUGUUAGCAUCAUCAGGAGGGAAGCUAAUUUAACUAUGAAGGUUGAUGAUACUACUGUUAGAAAAAGACUACCCGGAAGAUUCUUUGAAUUGAACAUACACUUUGGAGUAUUUCUGGGAGGUCAAGGUGAUUUCUCUGAACUGUUCCUGGGCCACAUGGAAAACUUCCGAGGGUGUAUGGAGGAUGUGUUUUAUAAUGGAGUUAAAAUAAUAGAAAAAGCUAGAAGUCGCAGUGCUUCAGUGCACGUAGAGGGUGUCACAUGGAACUGUGCACCUGAAUUUGAUGCAGACAUUAACUCAGACAUCAGCUUCAUUGAUGAAGGCGCCUAUCUUAUACUACCCAAGAUCAACUCUAGGGCUGGAGGAAGAUGGCAGAUUGAAUUCAAGACAAUAACACCUAAUGCUAUAAUUCUUUACAAUCCUGGAGGUGGGAGAGGCUCAGUGUCUGAUUUUCUUGGUGUUGAAAUACUAGAUGGAGUGGUCAGAGUUAAAAUGGCGCGUGGACAAAUUGUACACACUGUGAGAGUCAGCGAUGGACAGUGGCAUAAAAUACAUUUGUUGUUCAAUCCUUCACUAAUAGAGCUCUCCGUGGACAAUAUAGCAAUGAGUACAAGAAUCGAAAGUGGAGGUACCCGAUAUUUAGACCUGUCUGACUCAUUCUAUCUUGGUGGAAUCGAAACUGAAAAGCGACAGCGGGCGUUCGCUAAAGGAAUCAAAGCAGCAGACUCCAGUAUAAUGGGUUGCAUAAAACCGAUUGAGGUAGAUGAUAAAAUAUACGGACUGCCGAACUCCGUGGUCACCUACGGCGUGAGUCCUAAAUGCAUUUGGUGGUACCCGUGCCACGCCAGCCCCGCUAACCCUCCCUGCGUGCCGCAGGCGGUGUGCGACCAGCACGGCGUCGACCACUUCACGUGUAAAUGCGACUCUGACCUCUGCAUUAACCCUGACUAUGCCGAGAAGUACAAGGUAUUCUCAAAGUCCAGCAGUGAACUGGAGCUGGUAGCACUGUAUCCCCUGACAGUGUUGGAAGGCGGAGUCGCAGUGAUCACUACGCAGAACAUCGAUGUGGUGUUGGACCACCACAAGUACGGCGUGCGCCCGUCAGGGGUCGUGUUCCAUCUAACCCAGUCCCCGCAACACGGGAGGAUAGCUAUCGACUUAUCUCCGCAGAGGAACUCUCCGCAGUAUUCUAACUAUCUCGAUGGUGACGGCAAAAUGAAGCAAUACUUUACACUCAUGAAUUUGUCAAGAGACAAGGUGAGAUACGUUCAUGACGGUUCGGAAAAUCAUCAAGAUUCAAUUGUACUUGACAUGGAACUUAUUCCAGAAACUAAAUUUACUCUACCAAGCUAUUUACAAGGACGGAAUACUUUCGUUUUACAUGUCAACGUCACUCCGGUCAACGACCCUCCGGUCCUCAAUUUGCUUCCGGCUAAAGUAUUGAGACUGACACAGGGAACGCGUAAAGUAAUAACUUCAGAUAUUCUAAAAGCGGAAGACCCCGACACACUGCCGGAGGAUCUGCUAUACACUGUGUUGCACGGAAAAAAUGAAUUGCAGAGUGGCCACAUUGAGAUGUCCGGACAACCAGUUGACUCCUUCACACAACAAGAUAUUGACUCCGGAGUCAUCUCGUACGUCCACGGCUCAAACAAUGAGAAACAACUGAACAAAACAUCUUUGAAAGUCACUUUACAGGUCUCAGACGGCAUAGAAACUAGUGGUCCAGCGAUUCUGCGCAUAUCAAUAGUGCCCCUACAAGUCCGCUUAAUAAACAACACAGGACUGCAACUGGUGCACAACUCAUACGCUAUUAUCACGGCUGAUAAUCUGACAUUCACCACUAACGCUGACGAGAGCAACGUGCAAGUAAAGUAUGACAUAGUGAAACCGCCUCAAUUUGGAGUGAUAGAGAGGCUGCGGGUAAUGGACGGCACGUGGCAGACAGUGGACUCGUUCACGAGUGAGAUGGUCACCUUCCGCCGCGUUCGGUACAUGCACCUGCUCGGAAACCCAUCCCACGACGAAUUCAAGUUUAAAGCUUCGGUGGGCACGAUUCGAACGAACACUUUGUACGACUUUCGACUUACUUUCAUCAAACUUGACCUUUACCAAUCGGUUAAUGAAGAACUGGUGUUAAACAAUACCAGAGAAGCGUUCAUUUCGGCGCAGCAUUUGAAAUUCAAGACGAAGCCAAUUGGCCUACCAAGCGAUCGAAUUCUUUAUACGAUACUCAAGUCGCCUAAGUAUGGCAUACUGCACCUGUCUUCUGGGAAGUAUCAUCUGCAAACACACAGCACGUUUACUCAGCAACAUAUCGACACGGACCAGCUGUGGUACCGCCUGCAUAGGCGUGCAUACUCUCACAUCCAAGACGAAUUCUCGUUUGUAGUUGGAGCCACCGAGUGUGAAAACAUUACUGGAGUAAUGACGAUCCGACACACACCAGCCUACUCGACCUCGGAACAUUCGUUGGGGCGUGUACAUACGACCUUAGAACGACUGCAGGUUAUGGAAGGCUCUAGAAUGGUCAUACCUGCUACUCAUCUUAAUUUCCGAACGGAGUCUGUUACAAAUCUUGUUUUCAAUAUAACCCAUUUGCCGCGACACGGAAAAAUCGAAGUAAUAAGCGAAAGCUUAAAAAUAUUAAGAGAUAACACCACUUAUUUCACUUUAAAGGAACUGAAUUCAGAUAGGGUUUACUAUUCACACGAUGAUUCCGAAAGUAGACACGAUUCUUUUCACUUUAUGGCGCUUAGUCCUGAACCCGAAGAUUUUCAGUAUGUAGGGGUAUUUCACAUCGAUAUAAUACUAAAGAACGACAACAGCCCGGUGAGAGCGAACGAUAAAGUGUUUCACAUUGUACACGGAGGCGCCCGCCUCAUCACGGCCAGGGACCUGAGCUACACUGACGCCGACCUAGACACGAAGCCGGCUGAUAUCAUCUACACAAUUCAAAGAUUCACUAAAGACCCUCCAAACGGAGGUAUAUACAGAGCCGAUAACCCCGCCGAAAUGCUCGCUCAAUUCUCCCAGGAUGAUAUUAAUAAAAACCUGGUUCUAUUCAAACAUCAAGGUAAAGAGUAUGGUAAGAUGGCGUUCUGGAUAUCGGACGGUUUAUUUGACGUGAAUGGAAAUCUUGAGAUUCAAGCAUCGCCACCGUUUAUUCGAAUGUACCCCACAAACGGAUCAAUAGUUGAAAACGGUAAAGCGGUUGUGAUUACGACGAGGGAUAUGCAAGUGGAUACAAACAUGAAUUGUCUGGAAGAAGACAUCCGGUACGAGGUGACGCUGGAGCCGAAACACGGCGCCAUCGAGGUUGGGGAGGGCCAGGGCGCCGUGACGUUCUCGCAGCUGGACGUGGCGGCCGGGCGCGUGGCCUACCGCCACCGCGAGCCCAGGACUCCUGCCGACCAGUUCAGGUUUAAAGUCAAGUGUCUGGAAGCGUGGGGUGAAGGGACAUAUCCAAUCAAAAUAUUUCCAUCAAGUUACUGGGAGCCGCUGAAAGUAACAACUAACCGACCUCUAGUUGUCGAAGAAUCUACAAGUGUCAACAUCACCAGAGAUGUCUUGGAGGUAAUGCAUCCACAAAUCGAACCGUCGAACAUAAUUUUCCAAAUAACUCAAGGUCCGUAUCAUGGCUGGCUAGAAGUCACCGCCACCCCCGGUGUGAUUGAAGUGGAGGCCUUGAACGAGGAGCCGGCACACACGACCGUGUUCGACCAGUCGAUCAUCAAUGGCAACCGCCUGGUGUACAUGCAGUCUGGCGUCAACCGUACGAGAGACAAGAUCGUAAUGGACGUCACUAAUGGCAUCGUAUGGUUGAGGAAUGUCGAGUUGAACAUAAUAAUUAUUCCAGAACAUUUUUACGUGACGGUGUCUAAUUUGACGGUUGUCGAAGGAGAAGCCAUCAGUAUUAAACCAGAAAUGUUCCGCACGAUAACAGAGUUCUAUAGAGGAAAAGUGGUGGCCUAUAAGGUACUUGAAAAGCCCAAAUAUGGAAAAAUUUUGAUGGGCGACCAGGAAUUGAGUUUACUGCCCGUUCUUAAACUUAAUUCUGGAAAUAUCCAGUAUGUAAACGACGGUUCGGAGGAGUCGUCGGACUCGUUCAAGCUGGUGGCAGCUACGGAGAGCAACAAGGAGAGCGAGCCGUUCGUGGUGCGCGUCAGCAUCGCGCCGGUCAACGACGAGACGCCCAUCGUGGCCGCCAACACCGGCCUCUGCGUCUGGGAGGGCGGUACCUUCACGUUCACUAGGAACGAGCUGUAUGUUAACGACAUCGAUACGCCACUAGAAAAUGUGACAAUAGUCGUGGUUGAUAUAGUUUCUGGGCAUAUUGCUAUGAAGGGGAACAUCCGCGAGCCCGUCACACGCUUCACUCAGGCUGACAUUGACAACGGAAAUGUGGUUUUUGUACACAAAAAUGGCUCAAAAGGCAAAAUGAUCUUCAACGUUACUGACGGGCUACACGAACUGUCUAAAAUAACUUUUCUUAUAACAACAAAAUCGGUAUCUUUGAAACUAAUCAGAAAGCAUAAUCUUCGAGUUUUCCCUCUAAUGAGAGAACCAUUAAACAAUUAUUUGCUAAUGGCUAAAUGCUCAGAUUACACCAGAACAAUUGUCUAUAAAAUAGACAGGACCCCGUCUCUCGGCAGACUGAUUAUGCUCAGUGAAGACAGCCACCACAGAUCCAUCAAACAGUUUACACAGGAAGACGUCAAUAACACCCUCGUCUACUACGAACAUACACAUCCCUUUUCCGAUUUGCAUACGAACGACUCUUUUAUAUUCACGGUUGAAGCCGCUCUAGCUAAACCUAUAACAGAUCAAGUUUUCAACAUCGAUAUAUCGGUAUCUUCCGGAGGUUUGGCUAAAUAUGUGCAUAUACCUCAGAUAAAGGUAAACGAGGGUGAUAAAGUUCCCAUUAAAGUGAACGUUACGAACGUAAUAGUAUACCUGGAGAGUCAAGCGGGGCUGAGGCAGCCUCAGGUGGAGGCGCAGUGGUCGCAGCCGGCGCACGGCACGCUGCAGCCAGCCGUGUCAUCGCUCACGCAGCCGCAGCUUGAGUCCGGCGCCGUCCUUUACCAACACGACGAUUCCGACACUACACAAGACAAGAUAGAAAUGUCCCUCUUUCUUCUACCGGAGUAUGUUCUCCUCUGUAACGUCACUAUUCCUAUUCAUAUUAUUCCAAUCAACGACCAACCUUUUAGACUUUUGACGGAAACGCCGCAGAUACAGGUGGUACAGGGUGAGAAUUAUACCAUCACUAAAAAAGAUUUGAUCACAGAGGACGCUGACACUAGUCCCACCGGCAUACUUUACGAUAUUAUAAGCGGUCCCACUCAAGGAAGAAUCGUCAUGAUGGACAAGAAUUUGAGCAUUGAUGAUGCACAAUCAAUAAAUAAAUUUACUCAAGAUGAUAUUAACAAUGGACGCGUAAUCUAUGAGCAUUCUGGCAUGCUUCAAACGGCUACUUUCUACUUUAGGGUAUGGGACGGACAGUUCAAGCCUAUGUAUAAGAUAUUCACGAUUGACGUGCUGCCGGUAUCACUAAAUGCGUCUAAAUUGCAUCCAGUAUUAUUACAACAAGGCUCUAAUGUUGCUACGGUGACCACAGAGCAAAUAUAUAUCGAAACAAACGCUAAAAAGUACAAAGUGUGGUACAAUAUCACUAGACAACCUCUGCACGGCAUGAUAUACGUGGGCAGGAAUCCAGUCACUUACUUUUCCCAUAGGGAUUUGAUGGACAAAGUGGUAAUUUACAUGCAGAACGAUAUGACCGCAGCUAGUGACAGCUUCGACCUUAUCGCAUACAUCCACAACAGUAAUUCCACAAGCCCUUUCACAAUAAACGUUCUGGUUCAGCCUCUCAUGGUUUUAAAAGAUAUAAAAGUCGAAGGUGACAAGUCGAGAAUAACUCUUAGCAACAUGGACGCGACCGGUCUAGCCAAGUUGACUGGAAGUAAUCCAAUAUAUACCAUCUUAAGUAAACCUAGACAUGGUACUGUCAAGAACAUAAUUAGAAGUUCUGGAGGAAAUACAAGUGCGAGGGAAAGAGAAGUUCCGUACUUUACGCACGAAGAUAUCAAAGCGGGUGUCAUCUACUACGUGACCAAGAAGAGGUCACACGAGCUUGUCGGUAUGGAGGACAGUUUCAGAUUCCUACUGGCGGCGACGAUAUUCCAGCCGGCCACAGGCGAAAUUAAAAUAUUCAUUGGGAGCAAAUCGAAAAAGAACUUGCCAGGGCCUAAUGAUCCUGAGAGUCACGAGGGAGUACCUGUAGCGCACGGCGACUCGGCGUCGUACUACCUCACUAUCUUGAUGGCCAUCUCGGGCGUGGUGCUGGCCAUGCUUGUGCUGCUGGCGCUGGUGCGGUGCCGCCGCUGCAUGGCCAGCGACCGCCGCGCGCGAGCCAAGGCGCACGGCCAGAGCCAGGGCGCCGUGGCCCCAAUCCCACUGCCGCGCCCGCCCGACCAUCUCAUGCCUUCUCCGGCACACCCCACGCCACCCAUAAAGAGAUACGUGUCAUCGGAGCAGUCGGUGCACACAGGCGCCAGCACGCCGCUGCCGUCGGGCGGCAGUGUCGCCUGCAAAGUGACGCCGCUGGCCGACGCGGCGCUCCCCGACCUCAACGCGAGGUACCCCUACGGCACCGAAGACCACACAGACGCGGAAGACUGGAGCAGCUACGAAGCCAGUGAAACCGCGUACCCGAUCAGGGCACCAGGGGUAGCCCCGGCGAACCCCAUGCUGCGCCGCAACCAGUACUGGGUCUGACCCACGCACACCUUCACACUGCCCAGGCAACCUCGACCAGUAAUCCUCACCACGCACGAAGAAGGUUGCGUGACGUUGAACCGGCGGCUGCAGCAGCGGCGCUACGUCGAUCUAGUUCCUACGCCUUUUCUGCUAAGCAACUACGGAGUUACGAAGAAGCACGAAAACUGUGAGGUAACACUCUGAGCCGUCUGAGCCCUAUAGUUUAAAGUUUAAACCAAAAACUAUUGAAUAAAAAAUACUUUAAUAAUCAUGUUCCUAGGAAUUCUACAUUCAUAACAAUAAGCAAUUUAACCGAUUAAAAUAUGUUUACGGGCAUCUGUUGCGCCACGGAGACGGUCGCAGUUGAAAAUGGGUGUGGCCUAAGUGUAAUGUAAGUUAGCGUUUCGCUGUUUUUUACUAUUGUGGUGCCAAAUUGUUUAAUUAUAGUGUGAAAGAUUAAGGUUGUUAAGCUCAUUUCUGUGCGGGUCGGCGUAUGAAUGUAUAGUUUAAAUAAUAUGAAGGGUAAUCGACGGCUCCAGGCAGCUAUAGAGAGCCGCUAACUUUCUGAGAGGGCAGUUGGCAAUCAAUGCUGUUAUACACUAUUAGUAACAAUACACUACUAAUGAAUAACUUUUCGUUUGCGAUUAUUAACAUAAAAGUGCCUGUAAUUUUUAUUUUAAUAGGAAAGACGAAUACAAAACUAAUAAGUAAAGUGAUCUUUUUUAUCCUUGUAAUGUUUAAAGACAGACCUAGUUUGAGGCUCGUGUUACAUAAAUGAAGUAAGUAGGUACGGUUUUGAUUUUAUUAUUCGAGUUGUAUGUUCUAAAGUACACAAUAAAUGUAGAAUCUAGAUUUGAUUUUUGGUCAAAUACCAAGACUGAGCACUGUAGGUGAAUAUUAGAAGAACAGAUUUGGUGACACACCCUUAUCCAUAAGAAUAUUUCAUAAAUAGUAGAAUAGGUAUCUUAACAAAACAAUCGAACUUUUCGCAUUAGAAUUUUACUCAAACAAUUGUUAGUAGGAAAAUAACAGCAAUAAAUUAACACACUUUAUUGGUGAUUAGGCCAAUUCGAACGUACACUGAAAUCUAACUGAUGUCAUUCUGUUAUCUUGCAUUUCGCUCAUACUUGUCCAUACAUGUAUUGGCGCGGGCCAGACGCACGAUAACUAAAUAACAUGAUUCAAAUACAUAUUAUUCCGAUGGCAGUGUAUUGUACGUUCGAAUUGGCACGUAAGUUACAAAUUUACAAUGAAGACAAUGAACUUUUUGUUUAGAAAAAAAACUUAUUGUGGCUUCGACUCUUGCACGAAUGAUACCGUCCUUAUCUUUAUCGUCAUAUCUGGGAGGGAAUCGAUAUUUGCUGGAGAUGGAUUGUUCGAUACCUAUUAUAUGUACGUUUUAUCUUUUACGCUAUUUGUACGAAAUUAUUAUGAUUUAUGUCUAAAUUAUAGAAAAAAAUUAGUGAUUUUGAUGGCUCUAAAAUACGAAAAUUAUUCGGCUGAAGGGAAACAAAUACCGGGGUAUGUUUUUGACGUAUAUCUAUCCGCGUAUUCGCUCGAAUGUUUAUAACUAUUGGGUGGAACUUUAUCAUGUAUUUUUAAUCAUCAUCAUCAUCAUCAUCAUCUCAGCCAUAAGACGUCCACUGCUGAACAUAGGCCUCCCCCUUAAUUAAUUAAUGUAUUUUUAAUCAUUAGAACCUAUUUAUGGUUAUCAGCAUCGGGUAUUUUGAGUUUUCUGUACUUAUAAUUUGUUCUUAUAUAAAACUGUCGUCGAGAUCAUAUGUCCAUUGACCAUUAAUGUACCUAUCUAUGAUUAAACUGCAUUGAAAGGACUGAAUUUUUCCUGCACAAGCACAGGCUCUUUGUCGUUGCUAAAUUUGCACAUCUAAUGAAACAUUAGCCUGAGACAAACUAUUAAUGUAAAGCGACACUUAAUACAUUUGUUGUGCCAAGGUCUGUGAACAGAGUACUCGAUAGAGAUGCCACGAAUAUUCGGCAACUAUUCGGUAUUCGGCCUAUUCGGCCACUUUGCCGAAUAUUCGGUAUUCGCCCGAAUGUUGCCUACUAUUCGGCCGAAUACCGAAUAUCUGUCCCACCUACCUAAAAAGAAAAAUACCUACACAAAAAACAAAAUUACCAAAAACUAGGUAUAUUUCAUAUUUAAAAUGUAUUCUUGGAAAGUAGUUGAAUACAAAGGCGCGUUUUUGAGCAAUUGUUGAUUACAAAAUAUUUUAUUUUUAUCAUGGGUCUGAUUUGAUUGACUCUAACUGCAUUCAUUAAUUCUGUUCAACAUAUAAAUAAAAAUAUAUCUUAGCAAUCGUUAUGCUUUGUUGGCGAAUAGUUUUCAUAAUAAUUGAGGCUCAAAAUGUUCGCAUGUAAUGCCGAAUAUUCGGUAUUCGGCCAAGAGAGGGGCCGAAUAUUAGGUAUUCGGUAUUCGGCCAAAUUCACUUUUCGGGGCAUCUCUAGUACUCGACGGUGUAUACAUAUAUGUAACGCGUGUGAGUAAAUAAUUUUAUUUACUUCACGGUAUUUUGUUAAGUGCUUACCCUAAUCACGCCAAGGACAGUGCCAAAGUUCUACUAAGGACACCUUUAUACACAAGUUAUAAGUUUUAUUGAUUAGUAUAUUUUAGUAACUAUAUAGUUUAAGUUAAUUACUAUUAAAACUAAUAUUACGUAUUAAUUUAAUAAUUUAAGUCACAUUAUAUAUAAUGAUGUUGAAGUAAUAUGGAAGUUAACUGUAGCAAAUAUAUUUCAUCUACUUAUUUAGCAAAUGGUAUCAGUUUGUGAGCUGUUAAAAAGUUCUUCGUAUUAAUAUUCGUUAUUUGGAGCUUUUCCUGUCUCUGUUUAGUCUGUAAAUAAAAUUUUGUAAAUUCAACUUGGCCUAAAUUAUGUCGGUGCCAACAAGCUAAUUUCAUGAUGGACAUAGAAACUGGCCAUACCUUUUAAGAGUUUGGGCUCGUUAGAGUCGUCUCGAGAAAUCGUUGAUGACUGCACAACAAAACUUGACUUGACAAAAACUCCUUUUUUUUCAAUCUCGAAGCACUUUUUAACAUUUCUGGAACGUAGUCACGUGUCAAUUAUUGACAUUUUUGUUAAACGAAUUUAUGAACAUACGAUGCGUAACGAGCGUGGGUAACAAAAUGAUAGCCAUGAACUUUAAUAGUAUUUUAUACAAUCGUGAUAUAAUAGAGAGCUUUUCAGUCGAGUACUGUGUUUAGGCAACGUAGCUCGCUGAGUUGCCUAAGUAAGGUAUGAGAUUGAAAAGCUUGAUUAUAUCACUAUUGUAUACAAUACUUUUUCUAUGAGUUAACUAAAAUAACUAAAAUAAGUACUCAAUAAUACCACACUUUCUACUUCUACUAACUGACUUAUUUUACUCAAGUUAACUGAAAUAUUAGUAAAACAGUUAAUAUGAAAAACUACUACGUACAUUUUUUAAGGUGCAUUGGGGUAAUUACGGAAAAAAAUCUAAAAUAUAUAAUAUAGUAAUCACCAAAAUUAACCCAAUGCAAUACUUAGUUCUACUACUGAAUAAUGAAUAAUGCAACACUCAAUCUAAUCACGUUUCCUGAGUAGCGGGCAACGUAUUUUCAUCGCUGUCACUCAUUUUCAUUUAGUAUUUUUCACAGUUUCACUCACAAAACAAAAACUUGAACACUUUUACAAGUUUUCAAAUUUCAAUGCAGAGAAAAUCUCGUGGGCGUCCAUUGUGAAAAAAUGUUUGUGUUAGCCAACCAAUCACAAAGCAGAGGCGACGCAGCAGCGUGUUUAAGUAGACGAAAGUAUGACAGAUGCCGCGACGGUAUUAGUUCCGAAACGCCAUCGUUGGCUAAUUUGUAUUGAGUCGAGUCUCCUUAAACAAGCAAUAUUUUAUCAAUAUGUAUGAAGUUCUAAUUUCAAUUUUUUUAUAAUUGACUAUACCGUAUCGAUACAAAUAUUAUAGUUGAGUCGGAAGUGCCAUAGACUACCCAACGUUAAAAAGAGAAAGGUUAUAGAGUUGUAUAUGAAGUUGUAAUACACAGAUUAUAGUCGACGAGUAGAAAAAGUAUUUUACAGUACAUACGGUCCUAUUUUCCCGCACUAGUGCGUAAAAUAGCACUUUUCGUGCGUAUGUCAAAAGUUUAAAGGGCCAUAUGUACUGUAAAAUGUUGUACGAUACACGUGCGAAUAGGUAAUUCACAACUCGUAUCGAUUUAAAACACUCACUUCCUCUUUUCCGUACUUGUAUCGUAAAUAACUAUUCCAAACUCGAAGGCCAGGGUGGUACAUAAAAAAAAAUAUAGGGUUGUUAAAAUGCAAAUUAGAAACGCAUUUUUUACGAUUCUCGAUGAAGUCUGCAAAGGACAUAUAUAUAAUCGAUUUUAUAGGUGAUGAUCAUUGAUUUAUAUUUUUAACAGACUUCAAAAAUGAGGAGGUUCUCAAUUCGUCGGAAUCUUUUUUUAUGUAUGUUCCCCGAUUACUCCAAGACGCCUUAACCGAUUUGGAAAAUUGUUUUUGUUAAAAAAGGAUUGGUCUUAAACGUCAGUGGCGUGCGUAUUACGUAUUCUAAGCCCGGUAGAUUUAUAUACAUGGUGUCCCGGAAUAAGUGCACGACAUUUGACAUUUUAAUGUAUCUACAAAAUAAAUGAAAAACCGAGUCGGGCUCGCCCACCGAGGAUUCCGUACAAAUUUAACUUAUUGUUUUCUACAAAAUUAUAUUUUUCAGAUUUUUCCCUCUACAGUCGAGGACUUUUUUGCGGCAUUUACGGUCGUAUCUUUUUUUUUACGUCAACUUAGAAGUUUGAUUUUUUUACAGUUACAAGGGGCUGUAGACCUGAGUAGGUACAUGGUUUUAAUUUUAACUCGAUACCUUUACACGUUCCCGGAAUAAAGGGUCUUGACAGACAGACGGACGAAUAUGUGUCGGCCUGACGACUUUGUGUCAUGCUAUAAGGGUUUCGUUUUUCCUUUUGAGCUACGCGGAACCCUAAAAACGAACACGAUUUUUGGAAGUACUCCUUUUUCGUAAUCUAUGUCCGCAGAAGUAAACACAAUUUUUCGUCUCAUAAGGAAGCUGCUGCCACCAGAUCAAUUUGCAUUGCAACCAAUUUGCUCUAUAAUUUCAAACAAUAUGUCGAGUGAAUUUAAAUUCUAUAGUACUUAAUCCUCAUAAAGAUAAGUUAGUGUGUGAUUGUGCCUUGUUGUCCGGGACACCGCGUACGAAAUAGGUAGUAUCAAGUAAGACAGUAGGUAUAGAAAAAAAAACAUUUGUGCCAAAUGAUAGCCUCAGUCCUCGGCAACAUUAGACCUCUAGAAAAAGUAGGUACAGUAUUUUCAGUAGGUAUAAUAUAUGUUGCAAAAUGUAUAGUUCUAAAAAAUGCCCAAGUGCCAAAUGCAAAGUUUCGGAAUGUUAACUGUCCGCAUUAUUUAUUGUGCUUUACGGCCGGUAUAUUUGAACUAUCCCAGCAGUUUUAAUACUGAUUUUGUAGAUUGUGUGGAACCAACUAAUAAACCAAAUCAAGAAAAAACCAAAACAGCAAAAUUUCGAGAGUCCUGUGGCAACACGACUACAGUCGGAAGACGGCACUUUUAAAAUUUGGUUUUGAGAAUAUGAACAGUCGGUGCCCUAACACAAAUAAGUAUCCACUUUUCUAUACAGUUAAAGUAUGGCGACGUGGAUAGGUACUUAAGUUGGGGCACUACCUGUACACUUAUUAAAGCCACUUGCACCUUCCCACUAACCCGAGGUUAACUGGUUAACCCCGGGUUAGUGGGAUGGUGCAAGUGUCGCUUAGUCUCUUAAAUUGUAGGUAAAUUAGUGAAAAUCACCAGGGAGCCUUCCCAAAGUGACAAUCGAAAUUUAAAAUUGUAAAGAAAUGAUCACGUGACUUCGUUCGCAUCUGUCUUCACGAAUCUCCCCGAUUGGUGUUGGUCGAUAUACAAUGUCAUGUUGCAUGCAUGUGUUGGUUUGUAAUAUUUACAGCUCUCGUUACAAGAACAUAGUAUUAUUACAAAUUAUUAAUGAAGUAUGAUACUUAUAAAGCUCAAAUUGUAAGUGAACCGAUAUUAGUAUGUACUUUAUAGCAAGGAUUAGACUUUGCAUGCAAUUUACGUUCCAUUGCCGACGACAUGUAAACUGAAUUCAAAAGUUUGAUCAGAUAUCACAAUGUACUUAAUGAAAAUUGCAUGCAAGUUGUUGCUAGUCUAAACCUCGCUUAUGAAUGAAUUCUGAAGUUGUAGAUAGGUGCAGUUUUUACGGUCUAUAAUGUAGGCACAUCUAUUAAUGUAAUAGGUUUUAUGACUAGAUACGAUUGUAUAGAUUUGCUUUU